AUGCGUCUUGUCCGGCCGAAGAAGGUCGCGACAAAGGCCAUCCGGGAAACAACCAGGGUUGGAUGGCCCAUUGUGUGGAAGUCUUUUGAGGAGAAAAGGGGUCAGACUGAUGCAGACACGCUACAGUCGGAAGCAGGCUCUGACGGGAACAGUGAGCAUGCGUCAUCGGGUGACGAGGACUCCCAAAUGAGACUUAGACUAAAACGGAAGCUCCAGAGAAACAGAACCUCCUUCACUAACGAUCAAAUAGAUAGUUUGGAAAAAGAGUUCGAGCGCACCCACUACCCGGAUGUCUUCGCGCGGGAACGACUGGCCGAAAAGAUUGGAUUGCCUGAGGCACGUAUCCAGGUGUGGUUCUCUAAUCGGCGCGCGAAAUGGCGUCGCGAAGAGAAGCUGAGAAGUCAAAGACGAGAUGCCCCCGCGUCUCCCCCCGCACCCCCAGCGAGGCUUCCUCUCAAUGGAGGUUUUAACUCUAUGUAUAGUCCCAUACCACAACCUAUUGCCACGAUGGGCGAUACCUAUAGUUCGAUGUCGGGCGGUCUCUCCUCGUCGUGUCUUCAGCAACGUGACAGCGGCUACCCUUACAUGUUUGGUGAUGUCCUCGGUAGUGGAGGAUACUCAAGAGCACCGGCUGCUCAUCAGCAGCACCCGGCGUAUUCCCAACCUCAAGCGGCUGCCAGUACCGGUGUGAUAUCGGCGGGCGUCAGCGUCCCGGUGCAAAUUCCAUCGCAGGGGCCGGACCUCGCGUCCAAUUACUGGGGACGACUUCAGUGA